CCGCGAGCUGCAGCCGGUUGGUCCACAGAGGCGGCUCGAGCCCCUGUCAUCUGGACCCCCCCCCCCGAGGACCCCCCCCCCGAGGACCCAUCAACCUGGAGACCAUUUCACAUCUGGAGAAUAUAACUUUUUCUCUCUUUUUGGAGACAUUCCUCAACAUUUCUGGAAUAACAAAUACAGCAACUAUUUCAAAAGAAAAAAGCGGAUUUCCACUCUUUCACUGAGCAGCUACGAGUCGAGCAGGUCUGGAACGAUGUAGCCUCUUAGAAAGAAAAGAACAGACACUGGACACAUUCUCUCUGAAGCUGCUCCACGCCGAGGAGAUGCUCAGUCGGAACUAACAUCCAGAAAGUCCUCUGAGUUCCCUCCUCUUCUUCUCUAACACAUUCACAGUUUCCCUCUAAGAUGAUGCGUCUCGUGGACUUGUCCCUGUAGGGCCUCGUCCCACCGGGCUGGGGGCCGGCGAAGGACCCACAGGAUGCGUCACAGGGGACUGGACUGGAGGUUCCCGUGAAUCUCGAGGUCGACCGAUGCAGCCAUGGGCCGAUUGCUGGAUCUCUGAGAGCAACUGUCUCCCUCCUCCUCCGCCACGUCCUUUUCUUCUCCCCCCUCCCCCUCCUUCUCUUCUUCCUUUGCCCUACAUACUUUAUGUCCAGUCCUGCAGAAAAUAGCCGUCAACCUGUGAUAAUUUCUCCUUCCCUUUAUCUGCAAACCAUGGAGAGAAUUGUUGCUCCGAUCCGGGGGCAGGCAAGGUGGCCUCUCCCAGUGAUACUCUUGUAUUUUGCCCCACUGUUGCUAAUGGAAGGUGGGUGCCUUGCAGCCCCCUCGGGCCCCGAGUCCGACUCCUGUUCCACCCUAGUCCAGAGCCGCUUCUUCGGCUUCUUCCUGUCGUCGUCGGUGUUCCCCACCAUACCUUGCUCCUGGACCCUGCAGAACCCCGAUCCGCGGCGCUACACAAUCUUCAUCAAGGUGACCAAACCCACAGAGGACUGCGUGCCGUCGCAGCUACGCAGCUUCCAGUACGACUCGUUCCUGGAAACCACUCGCACCUACCUGGGCAUGGAGAGCUUUGACGAGGUGGUGAGGCUGUGCGAUACCUCGGCCCCCGUGGCCUUCCUGGAGGCCGGGAAGCAGUUCCUCCAAAUGCGGAAGGGGCCUCCGCGAGUGGGCGCGGCCGUCGCGGACGGUGACGGGGAAUUCAAAACAGAGUACCUGGUCGUGGGCAAGCGCAACCCCAGCAUGGCGGCCUGUCAGAUGCUAUGCCAGUGGCUGGAGGACUGCCUGGCCUCCAGCACCUCUAACAGGCCCUGUGGCAUCAUGCAGACUCCGUGUUUGUGCUGGGAGCCGCCGCCACUGCUCAGCGAGGGGGACAGCUGCUAUCACAAUGGAGUUUACCUGGAAAACUGUUUACCCAGCGUGAAGGAGAGUGGAAAGGACGCUGAGAUAAAUGGUGGCUGGACUGUGUGGAGUCUGUGGGCGCAGUGCAGCAGCGAGUGCGGCGGCGGGAUUCAGAUCCGCACCAGGACUUGCCAGUCACCUCCGGAGGAGUCGUACCUGUGUGAGGGAGUGGUGGAGGAGGGCCGGCCGUGCAACUCGCAGCCCUGCACCGGCAAAGGUCGCCAUCACUCUCGCAGCCAAUCGCUUCGCUCGGUGGACAGCCGCAAGCGCGAUGACGUAGACAAGCCCCGCGGUGGACCGCAGAGCCCGCAGACAGUAGACUCAGCUUCAGGUGAGGAGUGGUCAGCGUGGAGUGUGUGUUCUGCCACGUGUGGGGAGGGCUGGCAGAGUCGCACUCGUUUCUGCGUGUCCUCCUCUUACAGCACCCAGUGUAGUGGGCCACUGCGAGAGCAGAGACCUUGCAACAACUCUGCUGUGUGUCCAGCUGCUCUGAUUGCAGUGCACGGUGCUUGGGACGAGUGGUCGCCGUGGAGUUUAUGUUCAUCGACCUGUGGCCGAGGUUACAGGUCCCGAACGCGAUCUUGCGCGCCCCCUCAGUUUGGGGGAGAUGCUUGUGAGGGUCCAGAGAAACAGACCAAAUUCUGCAACAUAGCUGUCUGUCCAGUGGACGGGCUGUGGAACGAGUGGUCCAGCUGGAGCACCUGCUCUGCCUCCUGCUCUAAUGGGACCAUGCAGAGAACCAGGGAGUGUAAUGGCCCUUCGUACGGAGGCUCAGAGUGCAGAGGAGAGUGGCUGGAGACGGUCGACUGUUUCCUCAGGGAGUGUCCGGUGGAUGGCAAGUGGCAGCCGUGGUCUUUGUGGUCGGGCUGUUCUAAAACGUGCGGAGGGGGGAGUCAGCAGAGAAACAGGAUUUGUUAUGGGCCCUUUUUUGAGGGCCAGCCUUGUCCUGGAGAACGGGAGGAGGUCCGGCGCUGUAACGAAAAGAGAUGUCCAGAACCUCAUGAAAUAUGUGGGGAGGACAACUUUUCCAACGUUGUGUGGAAGAUGACUCCAUCAGGGGAUACAGCAGCUGUACGCUGUCCUCCCAAUGCCAUGGGCCUCAUCCUGCGCCGCUGCACCCUGGAUGAAGAGGGCAUCGCCUACUGGGAGAACCCCACCUACAUGAAAUGCAUUUCCAAUGACUACCGCAGCAUACAAACUCUGACUCGGGAACAUUUGUCCAAAGCGCAACGCGGCCUUGUGGGAGACGGAGUUUCAGAGGUGAUGACCAAGCUGAGGGUGACGUCCAGCGAUGGAACCAGCUACAGCGGCGACCUGCUGGCCGUCCUGGAUGUGCUGAAGAACAUGACGGAGAUCUUCAGGAGGGCGUACUACAGCCCCAGCAGUGCAGACAUGAGGAACUUUGUGCAAUCUGUCAGCAAUCUGUUGAUGGAAGAGAACAGGGACAGAUGGGAGGAAGCACAACUGCUGGGGCCGAACGUCAAAGAGCUGUUCCGCCUGGUGGAGGACUUUGUGGACGUCAUCGGUCUGAGGAUGAAAGACUUUCAAGACAUGUAUGAAGUCACCGAUAACCUAGUCUUGAGCAUCCACAAGCGUCCGGUGACGGGCCACGCCGACAUCAGCUUCCCCAUGAAGGGCUGGAGGGGCAUGGUGGACUGGGCCCGCAGCUCUGAGGACAGAGUCACCAUCCCCAAAAACAUCCUGUCCACUGGAAAGCCAGAUUCCGACGACUCCUCGACGUUUGUAACCGGCAUCGUCCUGUACAGAAAUCUGGGAAGUAUUCUGACUCUGCAGAGGAACAGCACCGUUCUUAACUCCAAGGUCUUGUCGGUGGCCGUCAAGCCCACACCCGCUUCGCUCUCCGCUCCGGUCGUCGUCGAAUUCUCUCACCUGUACAACGGCACCAUCAACCACACCUGUAUAUCCUGGGACGAGAGUGACAGCUCCUCGCUGCUGGGAUCCUGGUCUGCCAGGGGCUGCAGGACCGUGCUCGUCGACUCGUUCCGAACCAAAUGCGUGUGUGACAGACUGUCCACCUUCGCCAUCUUAGCGCGGCUGAAUCCAGAAAUGAACAUGGACAAGACGCAGCUCCCGUCUGUGACGCUGAUCGUGGGCUGCGGAGUGUCGUCGCUCACGUUGUUGCUGCUCAUCAUCAUCUACGUGUCCGUCUGGAGGUACAUCCGGUCCGAGCGCUCAGUCAUCCUCAUCAACUUCUGCCUCUCCAUCAUUUCCUCCAACGCCCUGAUUCUCAUCGGACAGACACAGACGCGGAAUAAGGUCCUGUGCACGCUGAUCGCAGCCUUCCUUCACUUCUUCUUCCUGUCCUCGUUCUGCUGGGUGCUGACCGAGGCGUGGCAGUCGUACAUGGCGGUGACGGGCCGCCUCCGGAAUCGCAUCAUACGCAAGCGCUUCCUGUGUCUCGGCUGGGGUCUGCCCGCGCUCGUGGUGGCGAUCUCGGUCGGAUUCACCAAGGCGAAGGGAUACGGAACUCCAAGCUACUGCUGGCUGUCUCUGGAAGGAGGUCUUCUUUAUGCGUUUGUUGGACCUGCUGCAGCUGUCGUCUUGGUUAACAUGGUUAUUGGGAUUCUCGUUUUUAACAAACUGGUGUCCAAAGACGGCAUUACUGAUAUGAAACUAAAGGAGAGGGCGGGUCAGAUGACAGUGCCACUGUACAAUAUGACGCUCAAAUGUGCCAAGUGCGGAGUUAUCUCUUCGGCUGACGUUUCCACCACAGCUACCAGUAACGCCAUGGCCUCACUGUGGAGCUCCUGUGUGGUCUUGCCCCUCCUGGCACUCACUUGGAUGUCGGCGGUCCUUGCGAUCACCGACCGGCGCUCUGCGCUCUUCCAGAUCCUCUUUGCCGUCUUCGAUUCACUGGAAGGCUUCGUCAUCGUCAUGGUGCACUGCAUCCUGCGCAGAGAGGUCCAGGAGGCGGUGAAGUGCCGUGUUGUGGACCGACAGGAGGACGCAAACGGAGACUCGGGGGGAUCUUUCCAGAAUGGCCAUGCUCAGCUCAUGGUGUGCACAGUUGAUCCAACGUUUCCCGUUUUCUGCCCUCAGACUGACUUCGAGAAAGACGUCGACAUGGCUUGCAGAUCAGGCACGAUGAAGCGCUCGUCCCUCCAGGGGGAGGAGAAGGCCUCCUCCGGGACCCUCACCCUCCAGAAGGGUUCCAACUUCAACACCAUGCCGGCCAGCAUGGCCAAGGUUCACCUGCAGAACGUGGCCGACUACAACUGUCACACUCUGACGCUGCGCCGGGAGAAAGGCGCCGCGAAAGGCAUCAGCACGGAGCUGCCGGGCGCCAAGUCCAUCUACAUCUGCGACGGCGAACUCUUCAAGCAGCUGGACGGAGAGCUGCCUCGCGGGAACGGCGAGGGCAGCAGCUCCGAGGGCGCCGGCAAAGGCCCAGGGUACGUCAUCAUGCCGACCAACAACACGGGCACUCUAAAGGCGGCCAAGGGGAAAGAGGAGCAUGCGGCCAAGUACAACAUCGGCAUGGAGCAGCUGCCUCAGACCAGGCUCGUCCACCUGGCCAACUCUGCCGGCGGAGAGCCGGUGCCCGGCUUCGGGCUGAAGACCCUGCCUGCAGACCAGGUCAGUGUGUCGUGCUCUGACAGAGACUCACCUGCACAAAACCUGCAGAACAUGCCCAGAGACGCCCAGGUGGCCAACAACAUGUGCGACGGGGGCGACUCCGGGAACUCCGGCGUGAUGUCCAAGAGCGAGACCGUCUCCACACUGUCCAUGAGCUCGCUAGAGAGACGAAAAUCACGCUAUGCAGAGCUUGACUUUGAGAGAAUAAUGCACACCCGGAAGCGCCACCAGGACAUGUUUCAGGACCUGAACAGGAAGAUUCACAGUGCAGACAAGGAUAGAGAGUCUCCACCUGUUGACGCCAAAGCUGCCAAAAGAUGGAGUGUGUCCUCUGCCAGCAGUGACAAGACCAACAUGAGUGACAAGCAACAGACCCCGAGCAAGAGGGCGUGGGAGGGCAUCAGGAAGACCCACUCGCCCCCAUCCUGGGUGAGGAAGGACCUGGAGACGGUGGUGGCCUCUCCCCUGGAGCUGCAGACGGUGGAGUGGGAGAAGACCAGCGCCACCAUUCCCCUGGUGGGCCAGGAGAUCAUGGACCUUCAGACAGAGGUGUGACCAGAUACUGGCCGUCAGUCGACCACUCUCGACUUGUAUGGGUGUUUUUUUUGUCUUUCUUUUCAAAUGCUCUCAGACAAACUCACACACACACACACACACACACACACACACACACACACACACACUGCCCUGCUCUGUGCUUAUACAACCUGGACGCAGCCCACUGCAAGAAGGUGAGGAGGGAGAGAGAGACGCAUCGCAACGUCAGAAAAUCAAUUCAACCAAUUAAAGAGAGAAUGGGAACACGGUGUCUUUCUCUGUUCUUUCAUUUUUUAAUGUAUGGACUGUGUUUUUUUUUGUCAGAAAAAAAUACUAGUCAUCUUAUUGUACAUGGUGUGGGAUGCCAUGCUGGCUUUACAGUACGUGGGAGACAGAUUUCCAAAGUGGCUGAUUCAGCCGCUUCAUCUGCAUCAUGUAAUAAACAGCACAGCGACGGUAAUCACCCCUAUAUUAAAUGGUUACAAUGUAAUAAUCAUGAUUAUGCCUCUUAUUUCCCCCACUGUUGAGAGUAUUGUUGCGUCCGCUCUCUCUUUUCUCCCGAUGAACACUUCUGUUGUACUUGACUCGAGUUGCCUCUGGAUUUAUUUUCUUCGUCGACAUCAAGUUCAAACGGGAAAAUGAAACGAGGGUUUGAGGAGGCAGACUGCCAAACAAACGUCCACGUGGCCCCGGCCCACAAAACAAACUCAGCCAGAUCCCUUUGGAUCGAAUACUUUACCCCCCGACCCCUGCGGGCAGAGUUGGCCUGGCAAAGGGGAGAAUAAAAAAAAUUUAAAAAUCGAAGACGUCACCUUGAGCCCAAGCGGCAGGUCGCCUCCUCGUCGACAGACGCCUCAGAGACGCCAGAGACCUUUGGGCUUUGCGCCCUCAUCGGCCCCUCGGCCUCGACCUCGACCUCAGUCGCCCCCAGAGGCGACCACACGGACGUCAUCGCUGCGUCCCGACGGAGCCACGUUCAACAAACACAUGCUGUUGUGUGUCCCGUCUCAAUGUAUAAGCAGGCUCGGUACAGUAAAUGCAAACAGGACGAUGUUUCAAAGGAAAAAGGUACUUGAGCACGCGUGUGUGUGUAUGUUGAGUAAAACAAGGUACAGACGGGUGACAAGUUAAAGGAUGAACCAACAUAAAGUUUCUUACUAAGGUGUUGCGCAUGCCGGCACUGAUUCUACAAGUCUCCUGAACUCAAGAGGAGGAAUGGAAAACCGUUCUUCCAAAGGAUACUCCCUCAUUUGGUGUUUCUGUCCCCUCGUGUCCCGAGGACGGGGCAAAUUGUUUCUCUAGGUUUUUCCUUUAAUUCAUCACCUGUCUGUAAACGACUUAUAGAUCAUAUAUAUGUAUGUAUAUAUAUAUAUACAUGUAUAUGGUAUGAUGAUGACUCAAGAGUUCGUGUGAAGGAUGGCGGUUGCACACAGAGAAAGCACAAGGCUCACUUGGAGUCCUGAUGUACAGCAUUGUAAUUAUUUCAGAGUUCUACAGAAUGGAUUUUAGCCUAUAAAUAUCUUUCUUACUGUGCUUGGGGAUAGUUGUUAUCAUUAUUAUAAAUAUGAACAUAAUUAUUCUGAUACUGCCCCCCCCCUUCAGGUUACUGGACUAUAGGAGUGUUCUGUAUCGCAAUGUAACUGUGUAUUUUGAUAUCACCGCCAGUCACUCCCUCAGAUCUGUGUUUGUCGAAAAACCCCUGACCUCCGACCCCCUGGCCUCCGACACACACACCCCCCACCUCGCUUCACUUCCCUUUUUAUUUUACCAGGGUCGACUCUUUGUUAAUGUACAGUUUUCAGAGCACAAAAUGAAUGUGUCUUAUUUCUAAUAAAAACAUAUCUAUACGAUAAAA